AGAGUUAUUAUUGACGGCGGCGAUUGUUUGUGUUUAUACCUCGCCGGAGAUUUGUAGUUAUCGUCUACUUCAAGUAAUUGGUUGCUUGAGUAGUCGCGGUUGGUGAAAUCGUUUGAUUAGGUUUAAAUCUAGAUGAAAGCUUUGAGAAGGAUUCAAACGACGUCUUCGUCUUCUAAUCCUUCAUCGCCAUUAUCAUCUCCUCCUUCUUCUUCAUCAUCUUCGUGGAUCCAAAUACGUUCUGCUCUCUUCGUUGUUGCUUCUUCAUCUCCUGCUUCUUGUUCUUCUUCUUCUGAUCGGCCUCGUCUUAAAUCACCAUGGUCUCGGAGGAGAAGGAAAAGGCCUCUCAGACCUCAGCAAUGGAAGAGAUUUUUUACUCCUGACGGUAGACUUCGGAAUGGAGGAGUGGAUUUGUUGAAGAAAGUUCGGAGUAGAGGUAUUGAGCCGAGCAUUCGGCUGGAGGUGUGGCCAUUCCUUCUUGGAGUGUAUGGUUUUAAUAGUUCCAAAGAAGAGAGAGUCACUAUAAGAAACCGGAGAAGAAAGGAGUAUGAGAGACUACGUAGGCAGUGCAAACGGCUUCAAAAACACAAUAACGGGACUCGUAAGUUAAACAGGGGCAGUGAAACUAUGGAAGAUGAGUAUGAUUGGCCUCAAGUUCAAGACACUGACAGUUCAUGUUCUGAUGAAGUUGUCAGUGCCCGUGAGUCUCUCUCGAGUGAUGAAGACAUCACUGAAGAUAUUGGGUACAUGAGUGAAGUUUCAUGUACAGUUGAGAGGGAUGACGGUAGUAGUUCAAGACGAAUCACCAAUGCUACUAUCUCUACACUCAAUUCCGAGUCAUCAGAUUCAGAUUCUUCAAAUGGGAGUGAAGUCGUACAGGUCUUUCAAUCUUCUGCUACUCCAGAUGUGAAUAGUACAUAUCCAGCCAGCUCAUCUAUCCCCCGGACAGAAGAGGAUUUUGUGACAUGGCAGCGUAUUAUUCGUCUAGAUGCUAUGCGUGCUAAUUCAGAGUGGACCCCCUAUUCUCCAUCCCAGGCAGUUAUAUCUGAGGACAGAGCAUGUCGUGCCGCUGAAGCGGUUGGGUUAAAAGAUUACAAUCACUUGGAACCAUACCAAAUAUUUCAAGCUGCACGGCUAGUUGCUGUGCUUGAAGCUUAUGCUUUAUAUGACCCUGACAUCGGGUAUUGCCAAGGAAUGAGCGAUCUUCUCUCUCCUAUACUCUCCGUAAUCCCUGAUGACCAUGAAGUCUUUUGGUGCUUCGUCGGGUUCAUGAAGAAAGCUCGUCACAAUUUCAGACUGGACGAGGUUGGAAUCAGAAGACAACUCAACAUAGUCUCAAAGAUAAUCAAAUCUAAAGACUCUCAGCUUUAUAGGCACCUGGAGAAACUCCAAGCAGAAGACUGUUUCUUUGUAUAUAGAAUGGUGGUUGUGAUGUUUAGACGGGAGCUGACACUCGAUCAGACGUUAUGUCUAUGGGAAGUGAUGUGGGCAGAUCAAGCUGCAAUCAGAGCCGGGAUGGGAAAAUCCGCAUGGAGUAGGAUAAGGCAACGUGCACCUCCCACAGAUGAUUUGGUGCUCUAUGCAAUAGCGGCCUCAGUGUUGCAAAGAAGGAAACUUAUAAUAGAGAAAUAUAACAGCAUGGAUGAGAUUUUAAGGGAGUGUCAAAGUAUGGCAGGGCAAUUAGAUGUGUGGAAGCUCCUAGAUGAUGCACAUGACCUCGUCGUUACUCUACACACCAAGAUUGAACAUUCAUUCUCAUAAAAUUUUAUCUUUUCUUCCGCGGGUUUUGAAGAUCCUGCGACUAGUCUAAAAAGGUGGAUUCCCCGGUUCCGUGGAGGUCCGAAUUGGGCCGUGAGCUCUAUCUGA